UUACGGCGUCUAAAACCCUUUCAGCGAGUGAGCACUGAGGCGGUUGCUCAUUUUCUAGGGUUCAGUUCAUCGGUGUCUCUUCGAAUCGCAACAGCUCAUUUCGUCUCUACCACCAAGCUGCCAUGGCGAGCACCAAAGUUCAGAGGGUUAUGACCCAACCCAUUAACUUGAUCUUCAGGUUUCUUCAAAGCAAAGCACGUAUUCAGAUUUGGCUCUUUGAACAAAAGGAUUUGAGGAUUGAAGGAAGAAUCAUUGGUUUCGAUGAGUACAUGAAUUUGGUUUUGGAUGACGCCGAAGAAGUAAACGUGAAGAAGAAGAGCAGAAAGACAUUAGGGAGGAUCCUUCUUAAAGGAGACAACAUCACUUUAAUGAUGAACACGGGGAAAUGAUGAGCACAUAUAUCCAUCCAACAAGAAGGCUGAUUUUAUAUUUACCAUUUUCAGUUUAAUGAAUAUUUCUCCUGUCAACAUGUUGACUAUGCUGUAUGAAAAUGUAAUGUUGGCUGUUCCUCUUAGUUUUGCCUCCUUGUUGCCUGUAUUAAUGUCCAGCCAGAUUUCAAAACCAACAGUACCGCAGAUAUUGUAACUUUCAAUUAUCAUCAUCAUAGUGAAUUAGUCGUUAAUGGACAUUCUAAAUA